GCGCGCAGGGAGCGUGGCGGUGCUGCACGAGCCGCUCGGAGUGCUGAGCUGAGCGCGCCGCCGGCUGCCCCGCCAUGAGGAUCCGCUGCAGGGUCGCGGCGCUCGGGCUCUGCCUCGGACUUUUCCUGCUUCUCUACUUUUUCGGGGGGAACACCGCGGACGAGGAGCCGCCGCCGCUCGGGCAGCCCGAGGGCGACCACAAACCCGCCGCCGCCGCCGCCGCGCCUCCCGCACUCACAAACAGAGUUUCGGUUCAAGUCGGAAAAGCUCCCGAGCUUCCUAAAGACAUCCGUCCGAGUCGGAAAGAAGCUUACAGAGGAGGCAAUGGCAGCGCCAAGCUGAGGCAGAAGAGUGAGCUUGGCCAGUCUGGGUUAAAGGUUCCUCGGGUGGAGGACGUUAUGCACCUUGCUGUGGUUGCUUGUGGAAAUCGACUAGAGGAAACGCUUACCAUGGUUAAAUCAGCACUCCUCUUCAGCAUCAAGAAGAUCAAGUUUCACAUCUUUGCAGAGGACGAACUGAGAGAACAGUUUGAGAAAGAGCUGAGCCACUGGCCAAGACCGCUCUCAUCCAAGCUCCAGUACACUCUUUACCCAAUCACUUUUUCCGUGGGGAACACUGAGGAAUGGAAGAAGCUCUUCAAGCCAUGUGCUGCCCAGAGACUCUUCCUUCCAGUCAUCCUGAAAGACGUAGACUCGUUGCUGUAUGUGGACACAGAUGUUCUGUUUCUCCGGCCAAUGGAUGACAUCUGGAAAUUCCUCAAGGCCUUCAACAGCACUCAGUUAGCAGCCAUGGCCCCUGAGCACGAGAUCCCCAAAAUCGGCUGGUACAGUCGUUUUGCAAGGCACCCGUUCUACGGCGUUACAGGAGUCAACUCCGGGGUCAUGCUGAUGAACCUUACGCGUAUUCGCAGUACUCUGUUUAAGAACAGCAUGAUCGCUAACGGCCUGUCGUGGGAGGACUUGCUCCAUCCGCUCUACCAGAAAUACAAGAAUCACAUCACAUGGGGGGACCAGGACCUCCUCAACAUUAUUUUCCACUACAAUCCAGAAUGCCUGUAUACGUUUCCGUGCCAGUGGAACUACAGACCUGAUCACUGCAUGUAUGGCAGCAACUGCAAGGAAGCAGAGGAAGAGGGUGUGUCUAUUCUCCAUGGCAACCGUGGCGUUUACCAUGAUGACAAGCAGCCAGCUUUUAAAGUGGUCUACGAUUCUAUACGUGAUUAUCCUGUUGGGGAAAACCUGUUCCAGUCCUUGUUUUAUCCUCUCCAGACCAAAUUCUUGGACACGGUCAACACGCUAUGCGGCAGAGUUCCUCAAGUGUUUCUGAAGCAGAUCGAGAAGACCCUGAAGGCCGUGUUUGAGCAGAAAGUGGUCCGCCACGCUCGGCCGCUACACAGACAGCAUCGCUGAAUCGCAACAGAUACGGUUCCUAAAUGACCAAGAAGAACCGAUUCUCCAAAACCAGCGUUGCUUUUUUGUUUGUUUGUUUUUUUUAAAUGGAACGUGUGCAAUACCAAGAACGCAGUGUGGUUUCCUGACCAGUGUUCUCUGUCUGGAAGGGAUGAGGCAGAGCUUCUUGGACAGACAGGCUUUUAAGCAGUGGUUAUUAUGGAGUCAAUGGGAGCUUGAUGAAGGGGUUGCUCUCCAAAGAACUAAACCACUUGAGUAGAAGAGCAGUGCAAAAAAAAAAAAAAAGUCCAUAAGGUUACUACCUAGAAAGGUAUUGGGUUGAAUUAAUUUAGCAGGAUUUUUAAUUUUUUUCAGAAAAGUUGGUAUAAAUGAUGGAGAUGUUAAAAUAGCAACAUUUUUCUCUUCCGCAGUGUGCCAGAGCAGCAGAUUGCACACUCCUAUAUUAUUAGUUUGACUCUCGUUGCAAAGAAUAUGAAGGUAACUGCUUGGCAGCAGACACAGACAUGUUGAAAAUGCAACUGGGGACCAGACUGUGGGUCAGACAGGGGCAAGAACAGGGUGGCGUAGCACUUGAAUGUGCACUGUUCAUAUUCAGAGCAAAUGUUUUCGAAGUAAGCAAAUGGCAGCGUUGCCUGGGGGCAGUGUUGGAGAGCUGAAUGACUGUUGCCUGAUAAUGGGCUACUUUCAUUCAUUUCAGUCAUCAGAUCAUGUUUGCUGUUUACCACUUUGGCUCUUCGGCACUAAAAUUCUAGUUUACACAUACACCCGGUCUACAACAGAACCCUGCCCGUGUCCUAAUCCAUAAAUAACGUGAAGUAUGUGCACAUUCCUGUGAUUCAUAAUAAGGUACAGACACAGCAUAAAGCUCACUUUUUUUUUUUCUUUUCAACACGACAGUAUUAUGUUGGCAUAGAAACCACUGAAACGCAGCACAAUAUUGUCUGUGGUUUUUUAAAAAAAAACUUGCAUGAUUCAGUUUUUGGGGGUUUUUUUGUGUGAAAUGCAUGCUUUUAAAAUUGGAUACGACACAGAUUUGACCUCUCGUAGGAUUCCGCAAGACAUAAAAUACGGCACUGAAAUUGCUUUUGGGAACUAAUAUACUGCUAAUGCAGCAGCAUUAUUCGGAGACAUUUGUGCUGUUAUUUCCAUCUUGUGGCAAGAACCGAUAAAAAACCCAAACUCGUCAUAUAACUCACUCAGGAUUGUUUUUCUGCUCCGUGCCCCCUUUCAAGGUUGUGCAACGUCCUGCACACACUCACUGAUCAUUAAUCAUCAUUCCCCGGAAGUGUGUUGCAUAUAUAAUAAGCUAUGUGGAUCAUUGCGUAUGUGGAGCAUGUCUUCAAGUCAAGAUCCAAUUCCAAAAUCCUGCCUCUUAUCAGGUGAGGGGUAGAAACUAGUGUCGUCAAGCUAAUUAUUUCAUAUUACAAUUAUUUUAGGGCGUACAGUACAUUUACGCAUUCAUAAUUCACAUAAUGUGAGGAUGUGAGAGUAGUAGGUGUCUACUGGAGGAAAUUUCAAAGGAUAAAUCCACCCUGAAUGAUUUCCAUGGUAACCUUUAUAAUUAAUGGGAUCGUCAAUGUCAUCCAAAUUUGUUUUUUUGUGUGUGUGUAAUGGAAUUCUGAGCAGACAUUUUGAAUUUCCUCUUUCACUGAUAUGCUGGUCUGUUUUCAUUUCGGUUAAAGAUUUCCGACAUUUUAACAAUUAUUCCACAAAAUCGAGUCGUACAGUACAUGAGCUGAUAGCCGACGAGCCGUGUACGAUGGGAUCGAGUGGAAUAACUGUUUUAUUCUAUCCACGUUCACUGGAUUUUGAGAAACGGAGCAUUUUUAUUUUUUGCAAAUGCGAUAAAUUAAAACUUUAUACAAAACGACGAAAUCAUUUCUGCUUAGCGGGCACGUGACAUCGCGUACGUGCGUAAUGAGAUGUUCAAAUUUUAUUUUUCUUUGAGCUUUUGAACAGCUAAAAAAAAAAAUUCAACAAGUUUUAAUGCAUAAAGAUGAAUGUAAACAAACCAGCAAAAUGACAGUAGCAGUUUGUGAAAAAUGCUAUAAUAAUUCUUGAAAAAUUAUUUUAGAAAAGAUACGUUCUUACCAUCAAAUACUUUCAUUCCAUAUGUUGUUGGGUUUUUUUGGGGGGGGGAUUGAGUUAUUUCAUUCUUCAGCAGCAUGCUCCGCCAUUUUGUUUUUCUCUACUCACGGUAUAUGAGCUGAUAUCCUCGUCGUAGAGUAGCCAAUCAGAGCGUGCGACUGCUCAUAUCCAGUGAAUGUGAACAUAAUACUACCCAUUGUUAGUGUUGCAGUAACCUUUAUCCUGCUUUCGAUUUGCCUCAUAAGAACGUUUUCAACCUCUGCGCAUUUAACACACCCGAAGUUGGGGAGGACAUGAAACCCUUCAUGUUUGUCCUUUGUUAGCAACAAGCCAGCCAGCUAACUGUGCUGAGUGAUGCACGUUUUCCUUCUCAAAACAGCAAACUGGUAUAUUCGCUGUUCCAGAUCCGUUUAGUUGUUAAAUCUAGAUGUUGAUCGAUCCGAAGCGAAUGUAUACAGCAGAACUGAAUAGCCCCCAAGCAUAACUACAUCACUUGUUUAUUGCAAUGCAUUAUGGGGGAUAGCCGGGGUCGGUAGCUGUGCAAUAUAGCAGAUGUUAGAUUAAUUUCGCGUGAGAGGAGCAUUUUUGCCACGCUGUGUCAUGGAAGACAAUGAAAUUGGUGAUUUCAAGAGGUGGAUAACAUGUUGAGGGUUUACAGCAGGAAAAUCUGAAUCCAAAUCAAGCUUGGUGAGAAGGUAAGACAUAAGCGACAAGAAUUCGUACAACCUAGAGAUUGACCGAGUCUACCACACUGUACUACAUCAUCAAGUCUCAGAAUGUCUUAUCAAAACAUAAAUGAGUGAUUUAGUUAUCAAGAAACAUUACCAAAAAAAAAAACCUUUGUAAACCCGCUGAUCUGCCGUGUCAUGUUCAGUAUAAAUGCAUUUACUUCAAUAAAUGCCGCUAGUGAGGUACACUGAACAUUAUACACACCCGAAAGAGAACCCUUCAUGGUUUGGGAGUUUUAUCGGUCCGACAGGCUCGUUCGGCUGCCGAGUGCUUCGGUACUUUGAGAGGCAAAGGCCGAAGAAUGCUUAUUUGUUUUACAGGCUUUGGAAUAUCCCUAGUUUCAGAUGAUGAGCAGUGUCGAUUGUUAUAAUCUGCUAUUGAGGUAUUUCACCCACGUGACCAAGUCAUGUGAUGCUGCCAUUUUGAACGGCACGGCUCGAAUCAGUUUGAAUGCGAGGAAGGCGACAAACGAAAAACAUGAAAGAAAAAGGAGCGAGAUGCAGAAAACACCUUCACUAUCCAGCAACGUAGGGCAUUUACAGGGCAAGCAGAGGGAGAGGUAUUUGCAAAAAUUGAGGUUAGCAGGCUUAGAGAACGACGUUUACCUGCUUCCACCAGGAUUGCUCACUGACGUACGGAAGUACACGAAGCCCUCGUCUUUACCUGACUUCGGCCCACAUGAUCUGUAUACCUAUGUCGUUAAAAACCCAUCGCCAUACACAGGUAUUGAUCUGAAAGCGUAUAAGAGUUUGGAUGCCUACAAAUAUUUUGUCAGGCUGGGUAACAUGCCUACAUCAGCGGGUCGUCCCUGGAGCCGGUGGUCGCCAUCUUAUUACAGCUAAGGUUUGUUCACAUUUUCAUUUACUUUUGGUCCUCAGGAUAAACAAAAUGUUAUUAAAUGUCAUUGAAAUAACUUCUUAGUCUGUUGAGACAUGGCCCAUUAUAAAUUUGCUGUUACCAGGCAAUGACCAAGAACUGCAUUAUUAGGGUCGGUGUAGUUGUAGCAGUGUACUAGCAGCUAGCUGUUAGCACUAGCUAAUGUCAACAACAGUAGCUAGUAUGUUACUGUAGCAAUGUUUACGUUCAGUCAUUUGGAUGACUGUUAAAACCUUUCAGUCUUAAGUUUUUCCUUUACUGGAUUUACUAGUUUACUGAGCUAGCGUGCUCGGGCAAGCUGGGAGCUAGCGCGCGCUAGCCUGCCUACUGUUGUUGACAUUAGCUAGCUUGACGUUCAAAAUGGCGGACACCGGGGCGUCACGUGACCCUGUGACGUCAGGUGAAAUACCUCAAUAACCGAAGGCUGUUCCGCACACCAUGGAAAUAAUGCUGGGUCACAGUUUAAGUCAGUCUUUUUCCCACCAGAGAAAUGCAGGAUACAAACACUUGUCCAUUUCGAAGGUUUUCGUUGCGGAUUAAACUCCUCCAUUUCUUUCUUCUCGACUGGCAGCUGAUAAAAGCUCAAAUUAGGUGUUCUCUUUGUUGUAGAGAUAGUUAGUUAGGCACACAGCAAUUCACCUUAGGCACGGUUAAAACCGGUUAGACAGAACAAUGCAGUGUUUAACAAAGGAGAAAGUAAACAAUAUAGCAGAGCUGACCCCAUGUAUCGCCCAUAAUGCAUUGCGGUAAACAAGCGAUGAUGUAGUCCUGGGUUAGGGUUAUUAAAGGUAAGAAGUGCUGCUUUGUUUACUUCUGAUCGGGUGCACAGCCAUGUUAGAUUGAUGUCACUCUGCAAACUGGGAAGGAGCUCAUUAUUGAGAAGAUGAGCAAGCAGGAAUUAAGUUGAUUGGAGAGUUUUCUUUGGCUUUUCCUGUUGGAGGUUAAGAAAUAAAAGUUGCGACCAAGUCGAACGCAGAAUCAGCCCUCACUUAAAGGAACAGUCCACCGU